UGUAUUCCCUUGCACUCCUUAGCCUCCAGUCUGAUGCAGGUCGUUUUGAAUGCAGCGUGUCUGCCCUGCGCUGGGUUUGUAAAGAAAAGGUCAGCUUCAAAUACCAGUUCUGCUCAUGGGAGGAACUCGGGGAGAGGCCUUCAUGCAUGGAUUACAUGCCAGCAGGACCCCUAAUGGACAUCACAGUCACAGCUGGGAAGUUGGAGGAGGUGCAUCUGCCACACUGGGUCUGUGUAGAUGAAAACUCUACAAUGUCAGACAUGUUUGUAGUUCUGCAUGUGGAUACCUGUGGAGAUGUUUUGGAGCAAGUGUCUGAAGUGACAUCGUCCCACGUCAAGUUAGUCCAGCCAACUUUCUCGCCAGUUGGUGUAAUGAUCUUGAAGAAACUGGGCAUUCCAUUUCACUUUGACACGUUGGUGUACAAGACAAACAAAGAAUUCCUCACCUUGGAUGUUUACCUGGUGCCACCUGAUCCAUCCCUACAACAGGUUGUGGAAAAAUUGCAAAACUCUUGUAGAUCCAGAAGAAUCCUAAAACCAGGCCCAGACAAGUCCAUGCAGUUGGGAAACAAUUUCUCUCUCAAAACAGAUUUGGUGGAUGCAAAGAUUCAACCCAGCGUGCGAGAGCUCAGACAUGGUAGUAGUAAUGUAUUUGAGGUGUUUAUCAGAAAUGCAGACAGCGACUUCACCCUCAGGCUUGAAAGUAAGGAAGACAUUUUCUGGACCUGUACCAUCCAUAAAGGAGACUACCAAAGUCAGAGCACUUAUCACAAACAAGGUCAGCAUUUUGUGGAUCGCCAUCGGACAGCUCUGAUCGAGAGAGUGUGUGAUACAAAAGCCAUCCUGGAUGAGCUUGUGGAUAGAGGGUUGAUCUCAGAUGAGAGCUAUGAUGCUGUGAGAGCUCUAAAAACCACACGAGACCAGAUGAGGGAGAUUCACAAGUUUGUGACUGCAGCUGGCACCGAAGGCAAAGACGCACUUUAUGAAAUCCUGAAAGGGAUGAAGAGUAUGAGGCCUCUUGUUUCUGAGCUUGAGGGGUCUGGAUGAAGGAGCAAAAUGUAAACGUAAAGAGAAGCUGUAGCUUUGACAACUCAGAUUAAGGAGGACGAACAUGAGAUUGUCUGUACAGUAUAUUGUGACAUUUUUUUACUCGAAAGAUUUCAAUAAAAGUUUUAUUUCUUCAAUAAUAAAUUAACUCAAACUAAA